UAAUGAACUGACAUGUUAAAUGGGAAGCCAAGAUGUUCCCUAUUUGCUAUUGCUUAAAAUCAUUUGAAACUUCUGAAACUUCUGGACAUAUUGUUGAUGACCAUUCACUUCAACAAUGCACAGGUUAACAGUGCUCACCAUCUUGUUGGUUGCCGGAGUGGUUUGGACUGAAGAUCCUCUACCAGCUCCUACCCUCUCUUUCGGGCGGACCUCAAUAGGCAAUAAAUACACAUUAUUCUCAAACAUCGAUCUGAUCUGUUCCCCUCCCAGAAAUGCUCCCUAUCCAAUGACUGUUUCUUUUGGUCGGGUUAACCAAUCGGCAGUAUUCACCUCCACUCUAAAAGACAGCACUAAAGUCAAGUUCACCACGACAGCAAUUGCAGCCAAUGAAGGGAUCUACGUUUGCUGGUACAAUGACAGCCGUACUGGAGAAGUGUCGGCUGCAAGCAACCCAGUUAACCUCAUCAUUUCCCCUCUCCCAAGCCCGUGGUUGUCCGUGCCAGCUUUCAUACCCAUCGGAGGAAACUACACUGUCAGAUGCUCAACUACGUCCAGUAUCCCGAACAGAACCCUUAGCCUGUACUUCAGAAAGGUUCCAGUCACUGUGGGAAAUGAGACCUUUAUGUUUUGGGGGUCAGCAGCCCUCACUGGCAACCAGGAUGUCAUUAUACUGGACAGGAAGCUUGUUGAUGCCACUGAAUCCUUUGAGUUUAUCUGCAGACUAGAUAUUGUGGACGCUAACCAGCAUUUAUACCUUUCUCCUCUCUCCAAUUACCUCCCUGCUAUAGCAGAGGAGGCCCCUAUCCGGUUGGUUCCUGAGAAUCAGGGCUCUAAAUGUCUGGGCCAGCUGGAGGUGCAGAUAGGGGGCCGCUGGGGCCCCGUCUGCCAAGAAGGAAAUGUGGACUUUCGGGCCAGACAAAUGGCCCGAGUGGUCUGUCGAGAGCUCAGCUGCGGGACACCGUGGUCCGUGGAAACGACGCGGGACGAUGGUUCUGCGGAGUUCUCUCUGGGUUCCAUAUCAUGCCAAGGAAACGAGGGCCGUCUCAGGGAUUGUGUCAUUUCAGAGGUGCAUCCCUCUUGCUCCAGGAGAACAGGCCUGGACGUAGUCUGCUCAGAUGCCCUACCAGCUCCUCAGAUCUUAAUUACUGGAUACAGAGUGGGUUCGAGGAUUGCCAUCAGUGAUGAGCACUCGCUGGAAUUUUCCUGCAUGUUCGAUGCCCCGUGGUUUGGAACGAGAGAGAUUUACAUGUACCUGAGAAGGAACUCAGAGUCCAACACUGAGACCAUCUACAGUAAGCAACUUGCCUCGGGAGAAAAGCUAACGACCACGCUUGAUGCGCCUAUCAAAUCAGGGGAGUACACCUGUACAAUUGGAGAGUCCAAACAUGUCGCCUCUGUGAAGAUCUUUGUGAGCAAAUGGCCAAGUGUUGGGCUAAUUGUCGCUGGUGUCUUCGCAGGCUUAAUCGGAGUGGGUAUUUUAGUUAGCAUGUACAUCUGUGCUAAGUAAAAGGUAGAACACGCCCAGGUUGACCAAAUACUUCAAAUGAAACUGAGGUUUUAUCCGGAAACGUGCAUGGAGCUCUACCAGAAAGCCUCCAUAAUAUCCCUGUAAAUGAAAUGUGUGUAUUUAAAAAUAAAGGUUAGGUGUGUGUCUGACUGACAUAUCAACCUGUUCCCAUUAAAGUGCCAUUCAUUCAACCAGGAAAAUACUGGAUAUUUGUGAUAUACCUUAAGGCUACGAGAAUAUUACUCACAAGAAGAAAGAAUGUGUUCAGUAGGUGAGGAAAGCUAUAAAUUGUUAAAAUAAAAAACAAAAUGUAAUGUAUAAAAGGAAUGUGAAAUGUAAACUUGGGAAUAAAUGUUGAUUGUUGUCUUUAAU